AUUUUAUUUUGAAAAAAUAUUAAAGUUUUACAUAUUACCAAUAUUUUUGGGACAACAUCUUCAAAAAUUAAAAGCAAAUAGCAAUAUGCAACCACUUUCCCGUCGAAUGCCAAUAGAAACUCUACAUUCUCUGCUGCUGAACAAACUGGCAGCCCCUAUGUAGUAGAUUUUUAACAUAACUUCCCCGCUAGGACGGUCUGGCAACUCCGAACUCGCUGUCUUGCUGGUUCUGACAAUUUAUUGUCAAUUCAAUUUUGUUCUAUCAUCCGUGUGCGUCACAAUAUGUUUGUCUUUCGUUAAAUAGAGUCAAAAAGUAGUCGAUUGUACGUAAAGUGCCGACUAGAGUUAAAAGGGCGGUAAAAUGGGGAAUUGUGCCUACUUUUUUUUGGUAUUUGGUACGGGUUGCCUUCUAAUGUUUUACUAAUAAAACGGCCAACAUAGCACAGAAUCCAUAAAACAAUAAAACAUCUUACCGAAAGUCCAAGUGCGAUGUGAAAACCUCUAUUAUAUUAUGACAGCUUAUAAGAGAACUUUGUAGGUACAUAUUUGCUUUCCCUAUCUCGGCUACCGUCGUCGUUGACGUUUAUUCUGAGCAGCAUCAAAUCGAAACAGCAGCGCUAGCAGCAAAUUGUUUCGCUUGAACCGCGAGCGCAGAGGGUCGAAUGGUCGCCGUGCAUAACGUCGUCGCCUCGCUACGAUUCAUAUACUAGACCAAAUAUGUUUUUAAUUAAAAACAGAAAACCAGCGAUAAGUAGCAGCUGCAGCAAAAUGCUGUAACCAAACUGGACAAAAGCGGGUAGUUUAUUGUGCAAAAGUAGACGAGAAUAGUAGACGAACGAAAAAUCCAACAAAUUUUGUGAAAACUUACUUGAGUCUUUACGAAAAUUUAAUAUUUUUAAUGGCUUGUUUUAAUUCGAGUUAACGACGGCCCCAAAUUGCAUAACACCAAUUGUGUAUAUGUGCGUAAGUGUCAGUGCGUGUUUGUGUGUUGGUGAAUACGCUGCAGCAGUGGUGGAAAUAUAAAAGGCAACAAAGCUUGUAAAUUGUGUUGAAUGGCGUAAACUGAAGCAAGAAUGGAGCAGACGUAUUGAGAGUGAAGGGAGAAGUAAGCUACCUAAACUAAAUAGAAGAAGGUCGAUAUUGAAAUCCGUCCAAAAAAAUAAUGAACGCAGUGCUGUAUCUUUACGGAGGACAUGAGCAUUAAAGAGUUUUAUAAAUAAGUACGCUCUAAAAUAGAAGUUAAAUAUUUUACACUUGAAGUAUUUUAUUUCUAUCGUUUUGUGCUGAUAAAUUGCGUUUAAUAACGCACAUCAAUUUAAUUUUUGCCCGAUGCUUUUAGUUACUAAGGCAUGCGACUCAGUUACUACAUUAUGAAUAACUACAAUAUAUGCGAAUCGACAAUAAUUUCCCUAAUUAAUGUCUUUUAGUGUAUACACUGUAUAUUUAAUCGACUCAUACAAUUUUAUAAUAAAUCGCGUAUUGAAACAGUUUGUUAGUUCCCACCGGCAUAAAUGACAGGUUGUAAAUAGAGUUGUCCUCGUUUUUAUUCACUAUCGAGAUUAAAGAUUGUUGAAAACGGAUAAUAAAAGAGUUGGCUCAGAAUCGUUUUGAAAUAUUCAGCCAUACCAUAUAUAUAAAUGGUAAAUAAUAGCAAAAUAAAGGAUCAAGGCGAAAUGACCUGAGAAGUAAACAUCCAAGCAGCAAUCUAAAACCCAAUACAGCCGAUACACAGCAGUAUACUUGAAUAAACAAAGUCGAAUUUAUUCACCAUCCUAUCGUACCCACAACAAUCGAUGCUGUCGUCGUUUCAGCCAGCGCACUUCGUUGGUCAAGAAAAAGUCCACGCAGACAGCGUUGAUGGGAAAAAGUGAACGAAAGAAUUGGUGUGGGGUGUAUAAGUCAUAUCUCGACAGAAACAUACUUAGUUAUAUAUUUAAGUAUUAAAACUUUACGCAAAGUAGAAAGCAGGUCUUUUUGUUAUAAAAAUUAAUCGAAAAAUAUUUACAAACGUAACCUAUCAGUAUUGCAUCAAUCAACUCGGUGAUCAUGAGAGUGAACAGCAUAGAAAGUGUGGUGUGACGAGUGAAUAUUAAGCUAUCAAGUGUGUGUAAGAGAGUGAAGGAGUGCAAGUAAAUAUAGUGUGGUGAAAAAUAACUAACUAUUACACAAAACGAAAAGGGUAAACGAGUGAGCAGGUGCGUUCCAUUAAUUCACAUUUUUCGAAUAUCUGCGUUCUCGUUCGUAUGUGUGCAAUAUUUGUAUUAUUUGCUUUCCACGGAAGAAAUUGCUCUGAAGUUGAAUAAGCCGUGCCGCUGAAUAAGCGUUUCGCUGUGUUUAUCUGAUUGAUUGUAUGCACCAGCUGUUAAACAGAGCCAGCAAACAACCCAUCAGCUAGCGGAAGAGGAGGGCAGAGCAGAGCUGCUUAGCGAGCGACAUUUAUAUUCAUCGGUCAAAUCGGUCGGGAUAUGGCCGUGUUCUUAAUAAACAUCUGCAAAUUUAAUGGCUGCGGCAUAACAUUUCCUAGUUUAGGAGAUUUAAUACAACAUAUUGAGGACACGCAUAUCGACUAUGAUCCUAAAGUGGUCGAACAAAAAGAGCAGGCACAGCCUGCAUGCUUACCGCUGAGCUAUGUAUUGCGCUUUAUAUCGGAAGAUGCACGUAAGGAGAGUCCGUUUCUAUCCGCCAAUACGUCGGGCGUUGAACUCAAACGGAAGCUGGCGAUCAAACAUCACAGUUACAGUAUGUCGUCGUCAAAUCGCAGCAAUACGCCCACUGGUAGUGAAAUGGACGAUGACGAAAUGGUUGUUUCGGAGUCAGAGGAUAGCAAUGAUUCUUGGACAACCGAAGAAUUCAGCUCCGAAUUCAUAAUGCGUUAUGGGAGCAGGCAUUCCGGUACCGGCAGCAAUGGCACACCAGGCAAUGAGAAACCGUUUGCGUGUCCCGUGCCUGGUUGUAAAAAGCGUUACAAGAACGUCAACGGCAUCAAGUAUCACUCGAAGAAUGGCCACAAAAAAGACGGGAAAGUCCGCAAAGGCUACAAGUGUCACUGCGGUAAAAGCUACAAAACUGCUCAAGGCUUGAAGAACCAUGCGUUGGUGUCACAUAAUUCAUCGCCAGAGAGCGUCUUGAGCGCACAACAUGUAGCUAAUAUAACAACUACUAGCAACGGCACAGGCGUCAAUGCGUCAGGCAUCAUUUUGCAACGCAGCAGCUCGCCCUCACAAUCGUUAGGUUCACUCAGUCCAUCCAGUAUCAGCAAUAUGUCGAGUAGCGCCAGUAGCUGUCAGGGCAGUGCCAGUGGCAACACUUACAACGGCAACAGUAAUUCUGCUGGUAAUAAUGGUGGCAGCAACUCCACUAGUUCUGUUGUCACAACUAAUGUGUUGCAACAAUUGACGAACGGUUCACUUGGCAAUGGAAGUCCCAAUGUUGUUGCCACCACAAAUGGUGUUGGUCUCAACUUACAUCAUCACCAACAUCACCAACCACAGCAGCAGCAACAUCAGUUCAGCAGUCAGCAGCAACCACAAUUGCAAAGUAUUGGAACGUCGGCAACAGUAUCAUCAGGUAACAAUAACAAUUUAGUGCGCAGCAGUAGCAGUGGCAACACUACUGGCAUUAAUGGCAGCGGCCUACUGGCAACGCCAACAGCAACCAAAACUGCGACUGCAGCUACCAACUUGUUGGCCGCUAACGCAACGGCCAGUAAGAUCCUUAAAUUGGCCACAAAUGCAGCGGCUCAGGCUGCAGCAGCUGCAGCCGCAGCUAAUGUUGUCGGUUCAGUUGAUAUCAUUGCACAGCAGCAGCACAAACUGCAGGCAAUCGUUGAUAAAGUACAAUCGAAGCAGCAACAAUCUACAACAUCGAAAAUUGCGCUGCCGAAUCUUGUUAAUUUAGGCAUUCUCACACCAGCUACGUCGCCUACAAAAACACCCAUACAGACGCUAACAUUUACACAACAACAACAACAGCUACAACAGACACAGACUACCCAUAAUCUUCCUUUGACACCCAUCAGUCCAAGUGGGCCGACACUUAUCCAACAACAACAACAACAGCAACAUCAACAAAAGAGCAUUUCCCUGUCGACUGGUACGCUGUUGCAUCACCAUCAGCAACAACAGCAACAUAAGAAAACGCCUCAUAUAAUUGGUAGCAUUCACCUGUCGGGUGUAUCCACAUCAACUUCAACGUCCACAUCUUCAUCAAAUGCCAAUAUAAAUAUCAAUAACAGCAAUAAUGGCACUAUGACAAAUGUUGCUAACGCCAAUGGUGUCGGUGUUGCUGCUGCUACAGUGGGUAAUGGUGUUGUUGCUGGCGCUGGUGUUGCAGGCAUGACGAACGCGAUUGUUGCUGCUGCUUCUGCUCCUGCUGACGCAGUGGUAGGCGUUCUCAACGAUGAAACGUAGCCUAUACUAAAGACACUACUAAUGCGACGUGAAUUUAAAUAAAAUAGAUGGGGAAUAUUCAUUUUUUAGUAAAGUAAAAAAAAAAUAACGACAUUUGCACAAAGCUAAUGAAAAGGCUAACCAUAUUUGGUGUAUUGGCUUAUUAUAGGCACACAGAAUACCUAAGUAAAUGGCUGUCGUCUGUCAUUGUAGGGAAAUAUUUUCUCUAACAUACAAACACGCCAGAAUACUUCAAAAAUAUUUGUCAGUUCCUUAAAAGAGUUAAAGCUGCGACUUUUCAGCGCAAAAUUUGUUAUUUCUGCGUAACCAGACGUAUUCUUAAAAACAUUGUGAGUACGUGGAAGCACCUAGAGAAUUAAUUGCUAAUGCAUUGCAUAAUAUUGUUUAGAGAAGUGCAACAUACGCUUACUCUUUAUAAUUUGUUGUGUAUGUUCGCUUAGGCAAAAACUUGCUCUGUUCCGUCUUUUUUUAUCCAACUAUUCAUAUUAUAAAAGGUUAGAUUAGUGGAGCGAAAUUUUCUUAUUAUCUACAUUCGACGAAAAUAUUAGAGUUGGUAAACAGCACAACUUAUUGAGCCAGUUGAAUAUACAAGUAAAAUUCUGUAUUUUGGUUAUGAAUGCAAUUGCAAUCUCCUGGUGCGCCAAUAUAAUAAGAUUAGCAUAUAUACUUUCCCUCUUUGUUUAUUUCAACUCCUGUGAAUAGGGAAGGUUCCUAAUGAAAUAAUUCCCAAAAUUCGAAAUUAUACAGCAUUUAUUUAAUGAAAAAUAUCGCAAAUACGAUAUAAAUCUCACAUACAUAAACUAUAAAAAUGAAAUACACUGUUGCAAUUAAAUGUUGGUGUAUUUAAUAUUCUGCAAUGCUUGUACUCUGCACUCGAACAAAUAUAUCUAUGGUAUAACGAAAGAAUGCUUUGAAAUUAUUAAAAAUGAUAUAUUUACUAUUUCUAUUUAUAAAAUGUAUAUGUAUAUAUAUACAUACAUGUGUAACAAUAUAUAGCAUUAGUUAGUGGCAACCUUCAAGUAUCCUUGUAAAUUUAGACUGCUGCGAUUUAUUUUAGAAUUUAAAUUAUUUUGUAUAUUUUAGUUGGUUCGUGCAAUACUACUCUUUAUAAAUAAUUUACGUAGUUAAUUAUUAUUAUUUUGUACUCAUUUUUGUGUAUAUUUUAUACUGAUUUUCUGAACUAUAUUGUAUUGUUUUGAUAACUGCUGAUCUCCUAUUCAAAUUAAAAAUUAAAUAUAAAAAAUUCUAUACCAAUUACAUAUAUAAAGUAAAGUUCAUGCUUUAUUUGAUUUUGGAAUAGUAAACAACAGAUGUUAGUUAAUUUCUCUUAAAGUCUUAUUUAACGCCUGGUUUUACAAUGAGGUGAAGGCCACUUGUAAUUUCAAUUUGAAAUAAAUUCGAAGUUAGAGUAUCCAACAAAGAGAGACUAUACCGGUUUUGAAAACGAACAAUUACACGAAAAUAGAAUUUCGCGAAGAUAUUGUAGCAAAAAAUUAUACAUUGGUAGUUUUAUCAGGAUCUACAAACAAUUUUUAGUACCAAUGCUUACAUACAUUAUACAAUACACAUAUAUUUGUGCUGAUAUAACUUACAAUCGGUGCAUGUAGGCUUGACAUCAAAUAUAAAAUAUAUUUAAAUGAAUAAAAAUCAUUUAUUAUUUUCAUUCCAUCGUUAUUCAAAAUACUUUCCAUUUUAGAGAAUAUUUUGUUUACAAAUAGAUUGACUCUCUACAUUAUGCAUAUAUUAUAUUAAAGAAAAAAUCGUAGGAUAGUCAAAUAUUCAAUGUUUUCUUAUUUUUUUUUAUUAUGUUAUUUAAUUAGGGAUCUCCUUUGAGGAUAUGAUCAACUAGUGUAAACGUCAACAGUAUUAUAUAAACAUUAUUAAUGUAACUUUUGUUUAGUAUUUGUAUUAAUUAAUAAUUAAUUUUAAAUUAAAGCAAUUUAUUUUGCAUUGAACGUUUUAAAAUCAGUAAAGCCGUCGAUAUUUCUUAAUGUCGUUGCUAUUGCAGGUCGACGGACCAAAGAUUUUGUGGGAUUUCAAAUAUCAAAAAUAUCAAUACUUAAUAAUUGCAAAUUAAAUAGUAAAAAUGUCGAGUUCUAUGACACAAAAAAAAUCUUCCACUUUUCUAUUCCGCAUUCCUAGUGUUUUGUAUAUACAUAUGUAUAUGCUCCUUUCUAGUCUUUGUCUCUCAAAUGUUUUUUAAAAUUUAUUUUUUCUUUUUUAUUUUUGGUUUACUUUUAUUUCUAUUCUCUUUCUCUCUCCUUCUCUUUUGUUGUUUAUAGAACAAAUGAAUGCAAGUAACUCCGCAUGCAUGCCAUUCAAUGGGCAACUGCUCACUGCAGCUUCGUCGAUCGCCAAUGUCAACAACACAGCAGUCAAUAGUCGUAUCUCUGCUGCAGUCAUCGGGGCACCUCCGGUGGCCACUGUGGCAGUCAGCGUUAAUGUCACACCAAUGAAUGCUGCCGCCGCUGCCCAUAGCAAUACGGUUACGCCCAUUUUCGGCACCUCGCCCAUGAUUUCACCCACUUUCAUCGAGCAUAAAUACUCAGCAAACACGUUCAAACAGAGAUUUUUGGCGAACCUUCGUGCCAAUCAUGGCGGUGUGAGUAAAACACAUUUAAACAACAAUAACGGCAGCAGCAACAGCAAUAAACCCGACAAUAAACAUUCGAUCGGUAAAAAUACAACCAGUAAUAGCUGCGACAACACCAAUGGCGAUAAUAUUAAUGCAAAUGCAAUUAGAAAUGAUAACGCAGCUGCCGGCGGAGGUUUGGUGGUCAAUCACUGUUCGAAUGUCCCAGUCCCUGUAGUGGGUAUUGAUGAUUUGUGCUCUAUACAGCAGCAAUUGAGUGAAAACUAUAAUAAAAAUGCAAUGUAUCCAAGGACAAUUAAUUGAACGCUUCCGUUUCUCAGAAAGGAGUAUUUCGUAAAAUAGAUGCAUAUGUACAUAUACAUAUAUAUAUUGUACAUAGUUAUUAAAAUAUUUGUACAUGCAUAAGCGUGAAUAUUUGGCUGUGAUGUUAUUGUUUAAGACUGCGGAAAGGCAAAAUGGCGACAUGAAAUAAUCGGAAAAUUAUUGAAUUGAAAAAUUAGCAACAACGAAGGAGAGAGAUGGAAAAAUUUGGGAAAAGGCAGCACACUAGGAGGGAGUUUUGGAGAUCUUUGCUGAGGGCUUGGAGGUAAAACGAACAUUUCCCAACAUAUAUUUUGGUUCUGUCUGAUCUUUUUUUUAUAGUUAAAAUGUUUUGUUUAAACUUCAGUUUCUAAGUUUCUUUUUUUUCCUAUCUUUGCCUUUCGCGUCUUGAAUUCAUAAAAUGUGCAUUUGAAGCUGCCCGUAAUUGCAAUAAAAUAAAUUGUUAAUUGCUUACUUUUAUUGUUACUAAAUGUUCUGGCACGGGAUUUGUCCAAUUGCAGGAGAAACUUUAAGUUGUUCAUUAAAGACAGAGUUGGGUAAAGCAUAAUCAUUAUUCUCCAAUAUUUAUAAAACAGUUUUGAAAAGUAAAAAGAAAGUUAAAUUAAGAACUAAGUUAUUAUGUACGAGAAUAGUAAAAAUAUAGUUGGUCGUGAGGUUCGCGUCAACCAGAAAAA